AUGGCGACUGGUGGUUAUGAUGAUGAGAAAGAGAAGGUGGAGAAGGAAGGUCCUGUUGAAAGUGUAAAGCAGCGGAAAGAACUUUCCAAACUUAACGAGUAUUCUGAAUAUCAUGUAAUGAUGCUUGGGCCAUUAAGCCCCCUUUUAUCAUUUUUGCUGUGUAAAAUAGUCAAGUGUUGCUGGAUUGCAGAAAUGUACCACGAAGCCCUUCUAGAAGGAGAUAGGGAUGAGCCUAAAACACAUAGUAACACGACUUUAGAGACAUUCAAUUUAAAUUAUGAAAUGUCCAUUCUUUGCAGGAUUAAAUUUUAA